CUGUGCUGAGGCAGCUCUGGAUGGUAAGGCGCAGCUGAAGCCCACAGCGGAGGCCCCUGGGCCAACCAGGGUACCCUGCCAAAGGCAAUGGCACUACAAGCUCCCACCGCUAUUGGCUCUGGGGAAGUCUCUCAGUGUCAGGACCUAGGACCUGCCCAGCCCACACAGAAAGUGGCCCAACCCCAGUAUCUGGUUCCAGAUGGGCACCUUGAGAAGCUCCUGGAGGGACGUGGCCUUCUGCAGAAGUUGACUGGCUUUCACAUCACCAUUGCUUUUGUGCACCUGGCCCUUGGCGGUUAUCUGCUCUCCACAGUCAAGAAUCUGCACUUGGUGGUGCUGAAGUGCUGGUAUCCAUUCUGGGGAGCUGUCUCUUUUCUCAUUUCAGGGAUCAUGGCCAUGACAACAAUGACAUUUCCCUCCAAGACCUCUCUGAAGAUACUCUCUGUGACAGCAAACAUCGUCAGCUUGUUGUGUGCACUGGCUGGCUUCUAUCUCAUUGCCAAGGACCUCUUUCUGGAGAGCCCUUUUCCAUGGCCAAUCUGGAGACCAUACCCCAACCCCACAGCCUACAUCCAGAGACUGGAGCUUGCCCUGUUCUGCUUCACCUGCCUGGAGAUCUUCCUGGCAGGGCCCACAGCCGUCACAAUCUGCAGGAUGAAGCGCCUGCGUGCAGAGGAUAAGGAUGACAGCCAUCUUGAUUCUGACGCACCCAUGAAAGGUGAAGGUGUCGCUGGGGCUACCACCAUGCUGUGAAAGCGUGGCUCAAGGUCCAAGGAACUUGAGAAAGCAGUUGAAGACUUCUCACUAAUAAAGACUGAAUUCCUACACUGCCAAGUCCAUUCCUGCCUCCCAGCAGCUGGACUCCAGUGAUGACACAGGCGUGACUCACACAAAUAAAUGCAUAACUGCUAUAAAGAGAAA